AUUGGCUGUGGCUGUCUUGGCCAUUACGUUAUGCUUACUCCAUACACACUGGUAGCCGGAGAGAGGGAAGACGUAAUGGUUUGAUUCCGUGUGCACUUGCAAUGGUCGUCGUUCUGACAUUACUCGGCAAAUUCCUCAGACGAGAGGUGCAAUGAAGGCAGGAGCAUCGUCCAUGUGGGCGUCAUGCUGCGGGCUGUUGAACGAGGUGAUGGGCACGGGCACGGUGCGGGCCCAGCAGCCGGGGUUUGGAGCAGGCGCGGGGCCCUUUCGCUUCGCCCCCAGUGCUGGGUACUCCACCUACCCCCCCACCAGCUCAGGGAGCGCCGGGCAGCUGUGCAAGGCCUGCGGACUGGCCUUCUCGGUCUUCAGACGCAAGCACAUCUGCUGUGACUGUAAGAAGAGCUUCUGCGCUCUGUGCUCGGUGCUGCAGGAGAACCUGCGCUGCUGCACGACCUGCCACCUCCUGCGCGGCACGGCCUUCCAGCGGCCUCGGCUCAUGCAGCUCAGGGUGAAGGACCUGCGCCAGUACCUGCUGCUGCGCAACAUACCGACCGACACAUGCAGGGAGAAGGAGGACCUGGUGGACCUGGUGCUCUGUCACCAGGGCGCGAGACAGGGCGCGAGGCAGACCCCGAGACCGGUGAUGGAGGAGGAGGAGGAGGAUGAGGAGGAUGAAGAGGAGGAGGAGGAUACACAUGAGGAGGAGGAGGAGGAGGAGGAAGAUGAAGAGGAGGAAGAUGAAGGGGGAGAUGACACAGACAGCCUGCACUCGCUCCCGCACUCACGUGCCGCCUCGCCCCCUUCCGCAACGCGCUCCACCUCUGAACAGUCGGUCCUGUCCGCCUCUCAGGGAGACGUGCUCAGCCCAAGUGACAGCUCAGGGACCACCAGCCAGGAGCAUGAUGAUACUCCAACAGCAUCCCUCUUGAACCUGGAGCCCACGGAAAGUCUCAUAGAGGUCAGUCCGGCGACACAAAGGAGGAUCAGAGCCUCGCUGUCGGAUCUCGACAACGAAGAGGCAAUAGAAAACCUGUCCGUCCGCCAGCUGAAAGAGAUUCUCGCCAGGAACUUUGUCAAUUACUCUGGCUGCUGCGAGAAGUGGGAGCUGCUGGAGCGAGUGCAUCGACUCUACAGAGAAAACGAGCAGAACAGGAAGUCAAUGGAAAAUGUCAACAUAACUGCAGUGGUUGCAUAUCCUCCACCUCUCUGCAACAGUGGAGUUGGAGAUGGCGUCAAAGCUCAGCUGGCGGCUGAUGAAAACCUGUGUCGCAUCUGCAUGGAUGCCAUCAUUGACUGUGUGUUACUGGAAUGUGGUCACAUGGUAACUUGCACCAAAUGCGGAAAGAGGAUGAGCGAGUGCCCCAUCUGCAGGCAGUAUGUUGUGCGGGCCGUGCAUGUCUUCAAGUCUUAAAACUCAGUGUGAGCGUGGGUGAGUGGGUGAAUGUCGGCGCGGCUCUCAGGCGUGGCCCGAGCCCUGAAUUUAUCACUGAGAAUGAACUGCUGUGCAUGACGUCUCACAGGGCCUAAUGCUGCAGCAGGCGUGAGCAACUUCUCGGUCUUGAAAACCAGACUGUUGUCUCUGGCCUACCACGGUUUGCCCCCCUGCCCUCCUUACUAACUUAUGUUCCAGUCCUCCUUUCUCCACCCUGGUGGACCGGCAUCGGCUACAUCGGGACUUUCAUUUUCUCUGUCUUUGGUCGUAAAACACACAGCAGAAGCCCCUGCCAUCACGUUGUACUCGCCAGUGUCUGUAUAGAUUCGACCCACAAGAGAGGAGUGGGCAGGAGGUGGUCCUGCGGGUACUUGAAGUGGACCGCCUUGUUAUUUGUGGGGAAGAGAAGCAGUUAAAAUAUAAGAUCCCAGGGUUUGAGUCAGUAUGGUUUACACAGUCAUGCCACAUGGCAUUGUGUCAUUCUCCUUCAGUGUUGUUUUGUUUGUUUCUUUGUUUCUUUUUAGGAUGUGCAAUAUCAGAAAAAAGUAAAAAAUAAAAAAGAAGUGUUCUUAGAAAAUAUUUAUUAUGCACCAGGUCGUCUCACACAGGAGCAUGUAGGGUGCCAAAAAAAAUCAUGCCUUGAGUUGAUAUUUGGUUAAGUUUCACAGUAUAUGCAUCACAUAACCAGCAAGCUUGGUGUGAUACCUUAUUCUUAUUUUUCCAUUUACUCAAAUGAACUUUGGGGAAACAGAGUGUGUACAUGUGAGCCGGUUAACACUUACUGUGUGAAGGAUCGUUUCUCCGUUGUCUCAUCCAAGACUCCUGCAGUUUGCCGGUUGGUUAAGUCACAGUGUACAUUCCUGCUAGAUCUACUGUGCGAAUGUUUAUUAAGACAACGACAAUAAAAUGAACUCAAGGCCCACUUUCAAGCUUGUUGUAGAGCUUUUUGCUGCAUUUUACAGUCUCUGUAAUGUGAUCAUUCAUUGAUUUGCCAUUGACAUGUUCCUUGAUGUCGCAUGACUUAAGGUGGGAGAUCAUGUGAAAGGCCUCCUUCUUCUCCUGUGUACAUUUUAUUUCCCCACGUCCUUUCUCCUACUGGUCCAUUUCUCCUCACAGUCAUCGUUAAAUGUACCUUAGGAGCUAAACUGAUUUAUAAAUAUCACACGUCCACCAGUGAUUAUAGACAGGAUGCACGUGAGACAGUUUUAUUCCAUCAUCUCACAGUAACUAACACAGUGGAAUAUAAUUUUACUGCAAAAUUGUGUAGCAGUUGUUACCAACUACGUUUCCUGAUACAAAAAAGCAGAAAAGAUAACAUAUCACUUAUCCAUGAAGGACUUAGAAGAUGAUUAAAUCAACAACUGUAACACAGCUAUAAAUGCACAACUAAGUUAAUCAGUUUAAGUCUUCUUGCAUUUUACCAGCUUCUAAGGGAAUUUUUCUGUGGACAGUAGAACCAGUCGGGCUGACAAAUGAUCCUGCUGUGCAGCCUAUCAUAAAUAAGUGAUGUUGCCUAAUAGGUCUGACACAAUGGAAGCAAGAGUUUCUAAUUUGGCAGCUUCUGUACUCAGAUCUCUCUCCCAUCUUUGCCGGGAGGAGCUGAGAGGUGAGGACGACACAGGAGCGAAUGAAGUGAGCAGCUUCAUUUAAUGAAAACAAACCCAUGACAUGCUGCUGGACGUCCCCAGUAGGAGGUACUAAGUGGACCUUGAGUUUAGCCCCUAUAUUUAUCUACAUUUUAAAGUUGGUUUAGUCUUCUAUAGCUUUCACCAAGCAAUACCGUUUCAUUUCCAAAUUGAUCACGUGUUUGUGUCAUCCUUUUUAAUGUCAGAUCGUAGGAAGGUAACAGGUGCUACUCUUUUUUUUUUUUUUUUUUUUUUUGAGUGAAACUUCCUCACGCAGACGUUUUGCCACGUCAUUUCCAAAUAUCCAUCACACAGUAAGAGGCAGCCUGAUUUACUUUAACCUGUUAUGCAAAUAAAACAUUUUGUUCUUGUCACGAGAUCCAGUUAACUCGGAUGUCACUGAAGUAUCUGUGUGUACAGUAUGCCUGUGGUAAAUAAAAUAACUGCAAUUUAAUCGCUGUUAAGUAAAUUGCAUAGAUAGCUUUUAUUGUUGUUUACUGAUACUUUAUUAAAUGUAUAUUUUUCCAUUUACCUUGGAGUUGACAGGAUUAAAAAUUCUAAUCAUUACAAAGGUUUAAAAAAAAGGAGAAUUUACUGUUUUUCAGAAUGUAUUUCUGCUAGUUAUGGUCACAUGAGUUUGAUCAUGUCUCUCACUAUUAAAGUUGCAUCAUAGUCUUGCUUUCUACAACCUUUCUGUUGUCUUCUGCUUCCAAUUCACUCGCACCGUGCGAUGUAGCAGUCGCUGUUACUCUGUCAGUUUGUUGUUGCUGCUGUCUCUCAAAGAUGUCACUCACGGGCAGCUAAGGUAUUAUCAGAGUGAGAGCACAUCAUAAGCACUCGUAAUCCUGGAUCUUUAUAUUUUUGACUGUUCAACCUUUUUAUUUUGGUAAUCAAGAUAUUAAAAAAAAAGGAUUUAUUAGAUUCAAUAAAAUGCAGUACUACAAACCAGAAUGUAAAACCCUGCUUUUCAUUUUAUAAAACUGUGAUAUUCUCACUGAUUGAUAUACUGUUUAAAAAUCUUGAGCCAAUCCAUGACUGAUAGUGUUUUUCUAUCCAAGUAUGCUUUUACUGCAAUGGCGGUGUGUUUGGGAUCAUUACAAUACAAAAAAAUUAAGGUAAUCAGACACUUUCCAGACAGCAUUGCAGCUAUAGUGUCAAUGGUUUGGGAAUCAUCCUGUUGAAGUAAAAAUACAUUUGUAUGCCUGUCAAACUGUGUUAUAUUGGAUUUUUUUUUUUCCAAGAAAUGGGAACAAAUGAUGGAUAAAAGAAACUUUUCUGUGAAAAUGGUUACAGAGUAGGACUGGACUCAAAAUUACUGAAAAAGUAAAAUUGUAUUUUACAGCACCUUUUAAGAAAAAGAUAAGUCCCUCACAAAAAAGGAAAUCGUUACCUAAAUGCAAAUCUAGAAAGUUUUUAAUUGCUGGUCCAUGUCCAUGAAGAGCUGUAAAAGUCAGAACCAGAAUCUUGAAAUGGACUCUCAAUUUAAUGGGGAGCCACUGCAGUUGGAUCAGCAACAUAAACUAGGCAUAAAUCUCUCAGGGGCUCAAAAAGGGGCUUAAUGACGAAAAAAUUAAGUUGGACAAGGCUAGGCACUUAUUCAGGAUAUGCAGCUUAGAAACAUCUUGGGGCUUAAAAGAGAUAUACAAGGGAAUAUAUAGCAAAUGCCCUCAAAGGUGCUCAAAAUGUGCUGAAGAGGGAGCAGAUAUAAUAGAAAUAUUAAAGGUCCUAGUACAGAACCUUGUGGCACACCAUAGCUAAAGGAAGAAGACAAGGACCUGAAGCAGGAAAGCUUCGUUCAGACAGAUGAUGCGAACCACUCCAGAGCAGAUCCAGAUAUACUCACCCAACAUUUUAGCCUAUAAAACAAAAUGUGGUGGUGAGCAGUAUCAAAAGUGGAGAUCAGGUCCAAUAUUAGUAGACCAGAACAGUCUCCAGCCUCAGUCGGCAUCAAAAUCUCACUGGACACUAAGAAAUGCAGUUUCAGUAGAAUGAGCUCUAGAAAACCAGAUUGAAAUUUGCCAUGUAAACUGUAUUUGUCCAAGUAAGCUGCUUAGCCACAGCCUUUUCUAAAAUCUUAGCAAUAAAUGACAUUUUAAAAUUGGUCUCUAAUUGCUAAGAAGAGAAGGGUCAAGCUUGUUUUUUGUUUUGUAAAUGGAUGGAUGAUGGUGUACUUAAAAUUAGCAGGGACUUGACCAGAGAACAGCGAGGUGCUGAUUAUAGUGAGCACAGAGGGACCAAUAGAGUUAAAGACUUUUUUUGAAAAAGCAGACAAUUUCCAAAAUCAAACUUUGAAAGACCUCCAGAAACCCAGGAGAAAUAUUGUUCAAGACCACUUUUAAAAUUCUCAAUAAAGUCUGGCUCGUUACAAGUAAAAUAUAAAGAAAUGAGGGGUGGCUCAAGAGUUUUGCACAGUACUGUAUAGGAGCCAGCGUGUAUUAAACACAGAGGUAAAUCUAACAUGACCAGCUUUCCAGUAUAAGAUACAAACCUGUUACUGAUUAAACCCAAAGGACGAAACUCACACACUCAUCAGUAUUUAAAAUGAAUUUAAUAUCUCAAAGGUCGACUCUGAAGAGGCUUUGCGUGUACAUUAUGUACAGAUAAAUAGAUCUGAAGUAAUGUACUAAAAUAUUUCAUGGAGACACGGCCUUUUAAUAAAAACAUAAAAUUUUAAAUGUAAACCCAUCCACUGAACUGUAUGGACUGGAGUGCUAUUCAAAAAUUACGCAAAAGACUUCCUUUUAGAAAAAUCUGGAGUUUUAAAGAGGAAAACGAAAUUCUAUUAAUCACUAAACUCAUGAGUCAGUCAAAACUUCCAACGACUUCUGAAUGUCUUAAUACAAUUAUAAAGAGUAUAGGUGCACAGUAAGAACAUUGCUUAUGAAUUUGAAACUUUAUCACUGAAUGACAGGUCACAAUGUACUUACAUCAGAA